AUGUCCGAGUCGGCACCCACGUCCGAGUCAACUGUUGAAUCCGACCUUCUGCCCACUAACUUCGUCGGUACUACUAUGGCAGGAGUGCAGAAUGAGGACGGGAAAUUUCGCAUCUACUUUCAGAACAAAGACUACCAGAUCUACCAAAUGUCAUUGAACGACCCAAGGAGCAGGGCCUAUACCUUGCUCAAACUCACCACUACCAUCGUGCCCCCUGCCCGUAUCAACACGCCCAUCGCAGCCGUGGCAUGGAAGAACUUGCAAGAGAUACGCGUUUAUUAUAUCACUGCGGCUAGUCAGGUGCAGGAGAUUGUAUACUCCCAGCGCAGUGGUUGGAAAAAAGGCGAGAUGCUGGGCACUGCGGUUGAGAACUGUGCGUGCUUGUAUGCGCAAGGCCGAUUCACCACGAAUGAGGUCUUCCUCAGGGUUGGGUUUCAGUCUGCGAUUGACUCUCAGACUAUCACGGAAGCUUAUACUCUGAGGGACGGGUGGAAGACUCGUGUGUUCUGA